AUGCUUUCUUUCAGAUCCAUUGCUCGCUCGGCGCCUCGCUCGCUCGCGCGCUUGAGUACCAAGGCCGCUCGCCCAGCUCUUUUCAAGCCGAGUACUCUGCAGGCAACAUGGAGAACCGCUUCCGCACCCAGGCUCGCGUCGGCCUUCCACACCUCGGCUCCCAGAUAUGAGGUCCAGGACGCGCUGGUGGCAAAGCUUGAAAGCGAGCGCAACUUGGAGACCGAUGUUGGCGAGCCCGAGAACUACACCGACAACAUCAAGGAUUACUUUGAGAACAGCCCUUUCAGCGUCAAGGACGUCCCCGGUCAGGAGGAGGUCGUCCUCACCCGCAAGUACAACAACGAGAACAUCACCGUCACGUUCUCCAUCUCCGAUAUCAGCGAGCCCCAGGUCGAAGAUGAGAUGGACGACCCGGCCAUGUUUGAUGAGGACGUUGACAUCGACGGCCAGUCUGGCGGCGCCAACACCAAGGGCUCCGUGGCCCAGGGCCGCACUCCCGGCGGCAACGUCAAGGUUGCGCCCGAGGACAAGGUGUCGCCCGCCGACCGCCCGGAGCUGGAGGAGGACGAGGAGUACACGGGGGAGAACGAGGAGAGCAGCUUCCCUGCUCGCGCCGUCGUCACCAUUACCAAGGAUGGCCAGAAGGGCGCCCUGUGGAUCGAGGCUGUCGCACAGGAUACUGCUUUCCAGAUCAGCAACGUCCACUACUUCCCCGAGGCUGAGCAGGCCGACCCCAAGACCGCCGAGAAGGAAUGGGCCAGGCGGAACAUCUGGCCCGGCCCGCUGUUCGGCCAGCUGGAUGAGGACCUCCAGAUUCUGCUCGAGGAGUUCCUUGAGGAGAGGGGCAUCGACACCAGGAUGGCCCUGUUCAUCCCCGACUACAUCGACUACAAGGAGCAGAGGGAGUACCUCCAGUGGUUGGACAACCUCAAGAACUUCAUCGCUGCUUAA